GACAGCGGGAUGGCCGUGGCUCUGCUCAGCGCCUUAUUCCUCUUGCAGCUUCUCGGCAGAGGUGAGGGGAAGAAUGAGGAGUUGCGCCUUUAUCACCAUCUUUUUGACAACUAUGAUCCAGGACGCAGGCCAGUGAGACAGUCUGAGGACACUGUCACCAUCACAUUCAAGGUCACCCUGACCAACCUCAUCUCACUGAACGAGAAAGAAGAGACCCUGACCACCAGCGUCUGGAUUGGAAUCGACUGGCAUGAUUACCGACUCAACUACAGCAAGAAAGACUUUGGGGGCGUAAACCCCUUGCGGGUCCCUGCAAAACUCGUAUGGUUACCAGAGAUUGUGCUGGAAAACAAUAUUGACGGCCAGUUCGGCGUGGCCCACGAAGCCAACGUGCUGAUCGACGAGGGCGGUUCAGUGAGCUGGUUGCCCCCGGCCAUCUACCGCAGCACCUGCGCCGUGGAAGUCACCUACUUCCCCUUCGACUGGCAGAACUGCUCGCUCGUUUUCCGCUCUCAGACGUACAAUGCCGAAGAGGUAGAGUUCGUCUUUGCGGCGGAUGAUGAAGGCGAGACCAUCAGCAAGAUCGAUAUCGACACUGAGGCCUAUACUGAGAACGGCGAGUGGGCCAUCGACUUCUGCCCCGGGGUGAUCCGCCGCAGCUACGCUGGCUCCGCCGACGGUCCAGGGGGCACUGACAUCGUCUACACGCUCAUUAUUCGCCGGAAGCCGCUCUUCUACAUCAUUAACAUCAUUGUGCCCUGUGUGCUAAUCUCAGGCCUGGUGCUGCUCGCCUACUUCCUGCCGGCGCAGGCCGGUGGCCAGAAAUGCACCGUGUCCAUCAACGUCCUACUCGCCCAGACCGUCUUCUUGUUCCUAAUCGCCCAGAAAACCCCAGAGACGUCUCUGAGCGUGCCACUGCUGGGCAGGUACCUCAUUUUUGUCAUGGUGGUCGCCACGCUCAUUGUUAUGAAUUGCGUCAUUGUGCUCAACCUGUCUUUGCGGACACCCACUACUCAUGCCAUGUCCCCGCGUCUGCGUCAUGUCUUGUUGGAGCUGCUGCCGCGACUCUUGGGCUCAGGCGCGCCUCUCGAGGCCCGCCGGGCCUCCUCUCCCCCGAGGCGUGCAUCUUCUGUGGGCAUAUUGCUCCGUGCGGAGGAGCUGAUACUAAAAAAGCCGCGGAGCGAGCUCGUCUUUGAAGGGCAGAGGUACCGGCACGGGCCCUGGACUGCGGCCCUCUGCCAGAGCCUGGGUGCCGCCGCCCCCGAGAUCCGCUGCUGUGUGGAUGCUGUGAACUUCGUGGCCGAGAGCACGCAAGACCAGGAGGCCACCGGAGAGGAGGUGUCCGACUGGAUGCGCAUGGGGAAGGCCCUAGACAACAUCUGCUUCUGGGCUGCUCUGGUGCUCUUCAGUGUGGGCUCCAGCAUCAUCUUCCUCGGGGGCUACUUCAACCAAGUGCCUGAACUGCCUUACCCACCGUGUAUGUAGACCUGGGCGGUGGCUGCAUGGAUUUCAACUUCCUACCCAUUUCCACAAAGAAAUAGAUUUUGAAAAACAAGUUUCUGCCACUGCUAUAUUCUGACUCUUUUCCACUGCCAUUAAUAAAUCAAUGCUUUGUGUGCGCACAAGUGGGUGUGUCUGGCCACUGUGCAGGGAUCAGGAGGGCGGAUGGCUCGUGGAUGCCAAUCCUCUGGAUAGCAAAGACCAUCCUAGCUUCAGCCUGGAUGAUCUCCCAGUUUCACCAGGCCCCAGCCCCACAGGACCCUGUAGCCCUGUAAGCUUCUAACCUAUCUUUGUCUACUGGAUAGCCACACAGGAGUGACCCCUUUGCAGGGCAGCACUUAGGGAUUCUGGAGCUGGGAAGCCGGGUCUCUUUCUGGAAGAGGAUCAAGUGCCCUCAGGGCAGGUCCCCCACAGGCCCCCAGGUUUAAGGCUGAGGAGGCCCUGACCCUCCCCCCUCAGCCAUUUCUUCUAGAUUUUCUUGGCUCAGCACUGCCCACCUGCCUCCCCCUAAGACUCAUUGUAGAUUCUACCCCACCCUGCCCCUUUCACUCAGCUCUGCUUGCUUACCCUGGCUAGCAUCUGGACUGUGACAGAAAACAAUAAAAUGGGGCCUGGAAUGUUA